CUAUCUCCGUCCUGAGAUUGCUGAAAGUUUGUCUCCGAAAAUUACACGCAGUGCGUUAACUUACAUAUUUGAUGCUACUGCUGCUCCUACCAGUGCCAGACCAUAAACCAAACUCUGCUGCCGUCCAGCUCAGAGCCGGCGACGUCACGCGUUUGGAGAUGGCGUCAGUGCGCCUUCACGGGCUCAUAAACGCUUUGGCGUGUUUACUGAGUGCAGAGAGUUUGUGAUCCGACUUCCAGAGCGCAUUUGGACUGUCCCGAACAGACAAUGAAAAGGAGCGACAGGGCUGGUCUCCACUUGUUUUCUCCGAUAUAAAAAACAUGAGAGUGUUUGUGCUGAGGGUGGUGAGUUCAGGGGCAUUUCUGAAGGGGGUAUUAUCAGUUUGCACAGAAGAAAUGUCCACAACUCCAAGACCAACCGGUCUCCCCCACCAGAUGACACUGGAUCAACUCACAGUGGUGGGUGCAUCCUUUUCUUCUCUGCUGUUCUUUGUGGUUAUUGUGGGGCUGCUGUCCAUUAUCUGCCGCAGGGAUCCUCACUGCUGCAAACUGCGCUCCUAUCAGGAGCCACAUGCAGAUAUGGGUGCUCCUCCUCAGUACAGCAGCAGACAGACGCUGGUGGGAUCUCCUCAUUUAGCGCAGAUGAACCAUGUAUCGCAUGACAUGAAUGACAACAAUACUGAGCAGGCAGGUCAGCUGUUCUUUGUCGGCCUGCCCUCCAGCUACAGCCUGCCCACAGUGGCGACCCCCCUGCCGAGGCUCCCCUCCUAUGAGAGUGUCCGAAAGAAGGACCGCCAGAGGCAGAUCCACAUGAUGAUUGCAGAUCGCUUCGGCCUCAACGGACCCAUUGUGACUGAGCCACCUCCAACAUAUGAAGAGAGCAUCCGUCAGUCUGUUGAACUGCCACACAACAUCUUGUCAUCUGGUGUGGCCAUCUCUCCUCCUCAGAGUACCAACAACACCGACACAGCACCCAACAUUCAGGCUGACUCACCUCAUCCAGUCAACUGUGACAGAAGCAGCACUGUUCUACCUGUGUGAUGCUGGUCGAGCGCCCAAGCUGAUGAUCAGUCUGAUGGCUUCCAUACAGGUGGAGUCACCAAAAGAACACAAGGCUUGAAGGCUGACCAUGAUCGGAUCCUUUACACGAGCUGAUAGCUCAAACGCUGAGUUUACGAUGACAGCCAGUGAACGAUGGGGGAGCAGCUAUUUGAAUGUUAAGAAAACACUUGGUGACAGUUACUGUACACCGUCAUGCUGCUGAAUUUCAGGAGAAACACUGGAAAUAAACAUUUACUGAGGUGGCCGGUACCAUAUAUUUUUAAAAGGACGGGGAAGAACAGACUUGACCAUCGCAUACCAAAAAAGGGAACCACUAUUUACAUAGUGAUUGUACUGCAUCAGCAAACAUUGGUUAUGUUUGCUCUCCUCUUGUAUUCUGCUGUUUCUGACCCACAAACCUCACUGUGUGGUUUGUAAGGUUUUCAGAGCCGUGUACGCCGCUGAAACUGUGCCACACCGCUGCAGCCUGUGGAUCAGGCUGUGAGAGGGAGAAUUAAAAAAGGUGCUAAUGAGAGUGCGUGUGCCAUCUACUGUAUGUGUGACAACUUAUGUAAAGGUGUUUUUGUCUUAACCGCUUUACCUCGGUUAUUUUUUCUGAUGAUUUGUGUUUUUAUGAUUUCUCACUUUCUUAGCAAACAUUUUAUCUUUUAAUUGUUUGUUUUGCUCAGCACAGAACACUGUUUGUUCUAAUCACCAAAUGGCUUCGAUUCCUCAGCGGAGCGAAUGUGAAAUGAAAACAAAAGAGAAACGCCAAGUUCUCUAUGGAGACCUCUCUUUCUUGAGUUGCCUUCUGCCACCUGCCAUGUAUGGAUACCAUUUGUUUUGUCCUGCAUUUUGUCUUGUGUUGUAUUUAUUGAAGAAAAAUGUGACUCCUCAUUUCUGUUUCUGUGAAAACAAAU